CAAUCCAUCAAGGAUAGUAACUACCAUGGCUUCCAGUGCUUUGGCCAAACCUCAGAUGCGUGGCCUCUUGGCCAGGCGCCUGUGGAUUCAUAUUGUUGGAGCAUUUGUUGUAUCCUUGGGGGUCGCAGUUUUCUAUAAGUUUGCUAUGGCUGAACCAAGAAAGAAGGCAUAUGCAGAUUUCUACAGAAAUUAUGAUUUUAUGAAAGAUUUUGAGGAGAUGAGGAAGGCUGGUGUCUUUCAGAGCAUAAAAUAA